GUAGUACCUGCUGCAUUCGGCUAACCAGGCACGCCAUUGACUUGCUGGGUCGAGGACAUGGCCGUGAAAAUUUUUCUGCAAGAUGCUAGGCGGAGAAAAGCGUGGAAUGAUGAUGGCAUAGGAUGCUCUGGCUCGGCAAUUGAAGUCAUCGGUUGCGGUGGAAGACGCUGUAUAAAGUCGAGGAUCCGGCCCGUGCGAUGACAGGAGACAGAGCAUCAUCUCGACAUCCAAUUCGCAGUCUCCAGUCCAAUAAGCUGGGUCCUUUCGUUUGCAAACCAUGUCUCGUCUCAUCAAGGCCACAGUCUUUUUGACUGCCAUUUCUGGCGUAUUCGCCGCUCCUGCGCAGCUCUUUGCUCGACAAGACUCCCAUGACCAUGAUGACCAUGAUCACGUUGAAGCGUGGGAUGCCGGUGCCGUCACCCAAUAUCAGAUCCAUUCCAGUUGCAACGCCACUCAAGCCCAUCAGAUUGCCGUUGGACUGAACGAGACCAUCCAAUUGGUUAGCCAUGCCCGAGACCAUGUGCUGAGAUGGGGCAAUACCUCGGAGAUUUACCAACGAUACUUUGGUGGCCGACCUCCCUAUGAAGUUCUUGGAGCAUACGAGAUCAUCAUCAAUGGUGACAAAGAAGGCGUUCUUUUCCGAUGCGACAACCCUGAUGGCAACUGCGACAUCGAAGGUUGGGGAGGUCAUUGGCGAGGCUCCAAUGCCACGUCCGAGACCGUCAUCUGCGACCUCAGCUAUGAGACCCGACGAUCUCUCAAUCAGAUGUGUGCUCUCGGCUACACGGUCAGCGAGUCGCCCAGAAACACCUUCUGGGCAUCUGACCUCCUCCAUCGUCUCUAUCACGUCCCUGCCGUUGGCUAUGGGUAUAUUGAGCAUUUCGCGGAUGGUUAUGAAGAAAUUCUCGAGCUCGCCCAGACCGACGAGAUCGGUCCCACACGCGACACUGACACACUGCAAUACUUUGCAUUGGAUGCUUACGCCUAUGACAUUGCCGUUCCAGGCGUUGGAUGCAACAGCCCAGAGACAGAGGCAGAGAGCGGCUCUUCUAACUCAACUGCACCAACCACGACUUCAACUGGUUCACCUACCGUGCCUGAACCCAGCACAUCGACUGUAUCAAUCCCUGCUGGUUGCCACACUCACGAAGGCGGUGAUCUCCACUGCUCAUAAAUGUAGAAUGGAGCGGGCUGCACAUGCAGGGUCAAAACAAGACCAUAGACGACCAGAGAGACAAGUAAUGCACGCUGAGCAGAUAUAGCCAACAGCAUACCUAAUAGUAUAGAACACCUAUAAGUGAUAACACACAGCUUCUCCAAGGUCUAGUAAUAAAUGAGUUAUGGCAAUUCUUGAGGACGGUUAAAAUGUCACUCAAAGCAAGGAAGCAAGCUCUACUUAUGGUUUAGCUCAUCAAAAGUCCCCACUGGUCCGUAAUUAUGGAAGAGUGAUCGUCCAUAGUAGGCUUGUAGGCUGAUAGGCUGUUUGCCUACCUAGGAUCCAUAGAGUCAAACAUGAGUGAAUCGAAC